AUGUGGCGUUUGAAUCUAAUGCUCAACAUGCUGCUGUCCAACCAUGGAAAGGCUAUUUUAUCGGAUUACAGUGCACUUAGUGGUAUCAGUAAAGUGGUGGAGUGCAAUUUGGGUAUGGUAACGGUUAUUGCACGUGCAUCCCGGUCCUACUCAGUUGGCCUUCGAAACGGAGAUCUCGAGGUACUUUUUGUCAUUUCAAGUAGUGGGAGCAAUGUAAAUUGCUUCGGUGUAGUUGAUGGAACGGUGUAG